AUGCCUCCCAAAGAACCAACCGUCGUCGCCGACGAGAACGACUCCAGCUACGUGGACGGCCCUGCCAACUCCGGCCCCCGCGGCAAGACCUCCAACCCUGCCGACAAUGUUGGCGGGACGUCCAAGGACGGCGGUCUGAGCACAGCAGCGACUGUCGCCGACGGCGGACCGGACGAUAAGAAGGACGACCCGAGCUAUAAGCCUUCAUAG